GUUACGCGAAAGGGGGAAAGUUAUUGAUGAGACCCGCGCGUGCGACCGGUCCCCAUAAUCAUUACGUUUACGAUUAUUGCGCGGUAGAGUUUGUUUGAUCGGUUCAAAGGUUACAUCCUGAUCAAAUUGAGUCAAACUGAAAGAACAAGUAACAGAAUUUUACGUCACUAGUCCUAGUUGCUUUUGUCUUCGGACUAGCAGCAGGGUUCAACAGAAAUCACAAUGUCUUUGUGGGCCAAAGCACAGCAGUUGCCACAAGAUGCAUUGCAGCAAGUACGUUCAGUAUAUGGAGAACACUUUCCUAUUGAGGUUCGGCAUUUUUUGUCUUCUUGGAUAGAAGAAAAGAUGUGGACCGACAUAGAACCUGAUAAUCCACAAUAUGAACAAUACAUUGCUAAUCUUGUUAGAUCUUUAAUACAAGAAUUAGAAACAAAAGCAGCUUCAUUAAAUACAGAUGACAUGUUUUUGACAAAAAUUAAAUUGAUGGAAGUUGCUAAAAGUUUUCGUCAGAGAUAUUCUCACAAUCCAGCAGCAUUAUUUAGAAUAAUUAGACAUUGUCUAGGCACAGAAAUGAAACUGGUAGCUCAAUUGGAAAACUUAGGUGGUGCUUUAAUGACAAUGGCAGGAGGAAAAGUAGGACUGAUUAGCGACGCGGUUGCUGAAAUAGCACAACAUGUUGAAUCCUUACGGCGCAGAACACAAGAAACUGGGGAAGAUUUAAGAAAAAUGGAGCAAGAGCAAGAAGCAUUUGCAAUUAGUUAUCAUGAAUGUACAAAAUUAAAUGCACAUCUCCAGCAUCUUGCAACACAGCCACAGAACCAACCAAAUUUAGAUUUGGAGAAAAAAAUCAGAAGACAAAAGGAACAACAGGAACAAUUAUUGAACCAUAAAGUGGCCGGUUUGAUGCAAUUACGUCUGACGUUAGCCGAUAAAUUAAAGGACACUAUUACCAGAUUAAAUAGUCUACAAUCUAGAGUCUUAGAUGAUGAACUUAUUAGAUGGAAAAGAGACCAGCAGUUGGCAGGAAAUGGCGCGCCAUUCAAUAGUAAUUUAGAUUCUAUUCAAGAAUGGUGUGAAAGUCUAGCAGAAUUAAUAUGGCUGAAUCGUCAGCAAAUUAAAGAAGCCGAGCGUUUAAAACAAAAGUUUGCAUUGGAACCACCCGGCAUGCAAGAUAUUCUUCCUACAUUAAAUUCACAGAUUACUCAGCUUCUCAGUUCAUUAGUCACAAGCACGUUUAUUAUAGAAAAACAACCACCGCAAGUGAUGAAGACUAACACUCGUUUUACGAGUACGGUACGUCUACUUGUAGGUGGAAAAUUGAAUGUUCACAUGACCCCUCCACAAGUCAAAGUGAGCAUUAUUAGCGAAGCUCAAGCGAAUGCUUUAUUGAAGAGCGAUAAAAUGGCGAAAAAUGGAGAAGCUAGCGGUGAAAUUUUAAACAACACAGGAACAAUGGAGUAUCAUCAAGCAACAAGACAACUUUCUGUGAGCUUUCGUAACAUGCAGUUAAAGAAAAUAAAAAGGGCGGAGAAAAAGGGAACAGAGUCUGUUAUGGAUGAGAAAUUCUCGCUUCUUUUUCAAUCGCAGUUUAGCGUUGGAGGAGGUGAAUUAGUAUUUCAGGUUUGGACAUUAAGCUUACCAGUUGUAGUAAUUGUACAUGGAAAUCAAGAACCACAUGCAUGGGCUACGGUCACGUGGGAUAACGCGUUUGCCGAACCGGGAAGAGUACCGUUCGCAGUACCCGAUAAAGUUCCAUGGGGUCAAGUAGCCGAGGCAUUAAACGUGAAAUUUAGAUCAGCUACCGGUCGUUCGUUAACAGAAGAUAAUCUACGGUUCCUUGCGGAAAAGGCAUUUCGUGGCGGAGCUGCGAAUGGACAAGAUUAUUCUAGUUUACUUUUAAGUUGGGCACAAUUUUGUAAAGAACCAUUACCCGAAAGGAAUUUUACAUUUUGGGAAUGGUUUUAUGCUGUUAUGAAAUUAACCAGGGAACAUUUAAGAGGUCCUUGGAUCGAUGGUUACAUAUUGGGAUUCGUAAGAAAGAAACAAGCUGAAGAAAUGUUGGCUAAUUGUGCGUCAGGAACUUUCCUAAUGCGAUUCUCAGACUCUGAACUCGGUGGUGUUACCAUCGCUUGGGUUGGAGAUCAAACGGAAGUGUUCAUGUUACAACCGUUCACAAGUAAAGAUUUUGCGAUUCGCAGUUUAGCGGAUCGUGUAUCCGAUUUGCAACAUUUACUUUACCUCUACCCGGACUUGUCGAAAGAUCAAGCGUUUUCAAAAUAUUAUACACCGUUCACAGAAAAUCAAUCUACGUCGACAAAUGGAUAUGUAAAACCUUUGUUAGUAACGCACGUACCUGGUUGGGGUGGACCGGGUGUUGGUGGUCAAACACCAUCGCAUUCUUCUGUUGUUGGGGUAGGGAGUAGUGGUCAAAGUGGUCCGGGUGGUAGUUAUCCUGCAACCCCAUCAACUAUGUUUCAAGCGCACAGUCCUGAUCCGUCCGUAACGCGCGACACUCCAUCAGUGGCUUCCAGCUACGCUCCGGGCCUUGGCCAGUCAAGCGUUGGGCGAACAAAUCCGGACAUGGACUAUGUGGAGCUGAUGGGUCACGGUGAGCUGCCCUCGAUCGACGAAAAUCUCAACUUGGACCACUUUAAUGGCUUUAGCUUCUCCGAGUUCAUUCAAUCGUACAGUGCUAAGCCACAAUAGGUAUGUCAGGCGCGACUAUAUUUCUCUUGUACCUACGUGUCGAUUAAACGUAUUUUAACAUCACUUUCAUCUACAUUUUAAAUCGUACCGUAUUUGAAAUUGUUGUUUUUAAUAGGGGAGGGAUAUAUAAAAAAUGAUAUAUCGUCGUCUCCGAUGUUAUCGUUUUACCUAAAUCACUUUAGGGUUUACCCCAUUGUCCUUCUGACAAAGCGGCGGUAUACCCUUUCAUUCUAUCGUAUAAGUGCAAUAUAUCUAGAAACGAACAAACGUUGUCCUAGUACCUUUUACGAACCAUCGAAUUUUAAAAUCGCUUGUUUAUGUAUUAAUGUUGUUCAGUUGCAUAUUUUAUACGGGUACGUGUAACGUUUAAGCAUCGCCUUACGAAGUGCUUAAAAUUAAUUCUUUCUUCUCUUUUCAAGUCGAGUAGUAUUUCUUGUUGAAAUCGAAAUGUUAUAGAUAUUAAAUGUUUCACGGUAUGAAAGAAAGCACAUGGCAUACUUAGAUGACACAAGCUAAUUGAUUUCUUAUAGCGUCGAGUGGUGCGCUAUCAAAAAAACUCUGUUUUGUACAAAAUAAUUGAAAUCAUUUUUACAGAUGUUAACGUUCAACGAUCUUCGUUCACGAGUGUGUAUGCAUGGGUAUGUUCUUCUUUUAAUUGAAAUAUGUAUUUGUUCUUUAGACGGUGACCUGAUGGAUACUCUAUUACUGAAACGUUAUCGGUUGUUUGAAAGAAAAUAUGCGAGAUAAUAGAGUAACGAAUGAUAUAAAUGUCCGUUGACAAUAGAAUCGGUAUGAUGAUAAACGUACAGACAAUCAUUUACGUACAGUCAUUGUAAAUAGCGAUCAAGUUACACGGGACAAAGAUUUUAAUUUAAACGAUGGUGAGAGUAGCGAAUAGAAGAGUAACAGGGUUUGUGCAACGCUAAGAGUAGCGAUUCGUGUGACCUAAACUAUGUGCCUUAAGAUCUUCGAAUCGAUACGGUGAUGAUAUUUUUUGAAAAUUCUUAUUCAAAUUUAUAUGUAUUUUUUCCGUAGAGAUUUUCUUUGUAUCUCCAAUGAUUUGUAAAUGUUAAAUUCAUCAAAGAGCUUUUAGAAAAUCAAAAGUCAACAUUUUCUUCGGCUUCGUCUUUUCGAUACGUUCAACGAUGUAUGUAUAUAUAAUAGAUUUUUGCAAUAUUUCAACUGGAAAAACUUUCUCACUGUAUUUCUUAACUUUAAGCAGUAGAAAGUUUCAGUGGUCAAUUUAAAAAUAGAUAAUUAUUCGUUCCCUCCCCUGUACUUUAUACAUCAUUGAAACUUAUCAAUUGUUGCCCAUACGUAAAGUAUGCUAAACUGUAUCCAGGAUAGAAUGAAACACAUCGUUAUCUUUAUUAUUCUUUUAAUAUAAUAUAAUAGUAUAAAUACAUAUAUAUAUAUAUUAUAUAUACGUGAGUAUACAUAUAUAUA